AUGAUAAUAUAAAAUUCUUCACGUCUGGAAGGAAAACACAUUAAGAAUAGUAGAAGUGCUUAAAGAGUUACUCCUUCUCAUAAUUUAUAUACUGAAUCUUCUUAUAUAUCCUAAAUCUUAGCUCAUUAGUAAAAAAUAAAUGAUAUUCCAAACUCUAAUAAGAGAUUAUUGUAUAAUAUUAGUCCUUUAAGUGUUAAUUAUAAGGAGGGUAAAAUUCUGUAAAAAAAUUAUAUGCAAAAUAAAUACUCAUAAUUAUUAGAAGGGAAUCAUGUUCAAAGAGCUGGUUGGAAAAAGUAUUUAUUAGAUGGAUUUAAAGAGAAGAUUGAGAACAUAUUAAAUUAAAAUAAGAAAAGCUCAAAGUUAUUUAAAAUCAAAAGAUAAUAUUUUACUCGUAGUGUUGCUUUGUAACCGACAGUUAUUUAAGAUGAUUAUUUGACAGUUGAUGCAUUAAUCAAAAAGCAAGAUCCUUCUUAUGAUAUUGAAGCUGUUUAAGAUAGUUUAAUAUAAUAACAUAAACAAUACUUAACAAAUUAGAAAAAUACCGAUUAUGAUGAGAAGUAUGAAAAAUAAUAAUAUUGAGAUUAUAAAACUUAGUAAAGUAAUUUCAAAUAAUAGUAGAUAGAAUAGAGAAGGAAGCAUUCAAAGUUAAAAUACCAACAAAUUUUUCAACUGCUAUGUAAAAUUACAAUGACUUUUAUAAUGUUUCCUUAGACUCUAAAAAUAAAUAUAAAAGUUUAAAAGUUAUAGAUUUUAGUAAAUUUGAAAUAAAAUCAAAAUUAAAAUAAUCAUAUGCAUUAAACUUUUGGGAUAGAGAAGAUAUUGAUGAAGAAAUAGAAUAAUAAAUAUAAACAUGUAGAGUAUCUACUUAAAGAGAAUGUAAAGAAGAAUUACUAGAAGAGAUUAGAUAAUAUUAAGCUAUUUAAAUUGUUCAAUAAAUUAUAGAUAUUCCAUAAGAACCAGAAGAACCAUAAUUAUAAGAAGAAUAAAUAUAAAAUGAAAUAAUAGAUGAACCAAUUUAAAAUCCAAUUAUGAUACCAAAAGAUGAUAAAAAAGUGAAAAAAAAAAAUGUUAGAUAUAAAUAAAAAAAAAAGAAAAGCUAAGAGGCAAUUAAUGCUAAUAAACUUUAAGAAAUCAAUUAAAAUGGAAAUAAUGAAAAAGAUAAUUUACCUGAAAUUGAGUAAAAUGAACAAUUAACUAGUUAAAAGAAAUUUGAUCAUAAAUUUGUUGAUUACAUGUUGUCAUUAGAAGAUGUUCACGAAGCCGACCUUUCUUAAUUCAUGGAGAAAUAAGUUGCAGAAUAUGAUUCUUACAUAUUUUGCGACCCUGAUGAAGAAAUUGUCUAUAAACAUGAAGUAGAUUGGAUUUUUUAAUUAGAUUUUUCGUUAAGAAAUAUUAGCUGA